CAGAAAUGGGAUUGUGCUUCCAAACCUACAAUUUCCCCAUUCCCAUGCCAUCCAGCUUGCUUCCCUCUGCUUGAAAUUUACCUCUCCAUCCUCCAAUCCUAGUACCUUCAACAAGAGUUUGGCCAGCCACAACUGCAGUGCAGAUCAUGAGCACUAUUGCCUGUUCAACAUAUUCAUUGACAAGCAGCUAAUUAAAAAGGAAAUUCAUUGAAUGGAAGAGGAAAGGAUCAUGGAUAGUGCUGAUGAUGCUGGACCACGAUUAAUAGAGAAAAAUGAGAGUCGUGGGUCAUUUGAUAUAAAAGAGAUGGUAUCAAAAGAAUUGCCUCCCUUGCCAGCUAACUCUUGUAUUUACAGAGUCCCCAAAAGGCUUCGUCGUGUGAAUGAAGAAGCUUACACACCUCAAAUGGUCUCCAUCGGCCCUCUUCACCACGGAAAAGAAAAUUUUUUGGCUAUGGAGGAGGUCAAAUUGAGGUAUCUGAACAAGCUUCUUGAUCGUACCAAUAUGAUUUUAGAUGAUUGUAUUGAAGAAAUAAAGAAGUUGGAAGCAGAUGCCCGCGACUGCUAUGCAGAAAACAUCAAGCUUACUAGUGAUGAAUUCGUUAAAAUGAUGCUUGUUGAUGGUAGUUUCAUCAUUGAGGCCAUGCUAAUUUUAACUGGAACUUACGCAUCGGAAGAUACAAAAAAUCACACGUAUUUUAAGAGAUGGACAGUGGUUGACAUGCGGCCUGACAUGAUACUACUUGAAAACCAACUUCCAUUCUUUAUUCUCCAAACAAUAUUCAAUCUUGCCUUCCCUGCAGGCAAAUGCUGGAAUCACUCCUUGCUUGAGAUUUCCCUUUCAUUUUUUGGUGACAUAAUGAUGGCAGAGAAAUGCCCAAAGACAACCUUAACAUUAGAAGUAAAACAUUUUCUUGAUUUGCUAAGACUUUGCCAUCUACCAUCAUCCCUCAGACCAUCUCCAUAUGAGUUUGACAAAUUCUAUGUUUCAAUUCCAAAAGCAGUAGAGCUCUGUGAGGCAGGUGUAGUAUUCAUGAAGGGUUCAUUAGAACGCUUGUUGGACAUACACUAUACUCCAGGAGUACUCAAAAUACCGCCACUAGUGAUUCAACAACGCUCAGAAAUUUUACUUAGAAAUCUCAUGGCCCUAGAGCAGUGUCACUAUCAAUAUGAUAGUUACAUUACUGAUUACAUCUACUUGAUGGAUAAUCUUAUAGACACUGACAAAGAUGUUGAGUUGCUUGUUCAAAAUGGGAUUAUUAUGACCUUUUAUGGAGACAACUCUAGACUUGCAAAUCUAUUCAAUAAUCUUGUGAUAGAAACUACAUUAGCAACUGACAACUAUUAUUAUUAUGGUUGUGCGAAAGAAAUCAAAGAAUUUUGUGAAGUUCCAUGGCACAAAUGGAAGGCUACCUUGAAACGAGAUUAUCUCAGCACUCCUUGGAAAGUUUCUUCCACCAUUGCUGCUAUAGUUCUCAUACUUCUUACCUUCAUUCAGACCAUAUGUUCUAUCAUUGGAAAAUAGGAAAUACCCCUAAAGGUUUAUAGAAUAAGACAUUGAAUGUUUUAAGUUCAAAUAUUGAGAUGUGAUGGAAAGAACAUGAAAUGAACAACUUACUUUUGUUUUACUGAACCCUUUCAAAGGGGACCUUAUGUUCCUCGAAAUAAUGUUUCAUAAAUUAGUUGAUUGGUUUGGUUGUAUAUUAUUAAUUUAGAUGAAGUUGUGCUACUUUCAU